AUGCGGCGUGGUCAUUGCCAAGCGAAGAGCAGAGUAAUUGGUUCUCAUGUAAAACCCUAUUACAUGGAUGUGAAGCGUGUUCAUAAGCCUAAGAACAUUAUCAACGAUGUUCGCAAGGAAUUUGGGGUGAACAUAAGUUAUUCAAAGGCAUGGCGAUCGCGGGAAAAGGCUUUGGACAUGAUCCGGGGGGGUGCGGAGGAAUCAUUCCAGUUGCUGCCAUCUUAUCUGUACAUGUUGAAGUUGAAAAACCCUGGGACAAUUGCUGAAAUCGAGAGUGACAGUGAGAGUAGAUUCAAGUACCUAUUUAUGGCAAUUGGUGCAUGUCUUGCCAGAUUUCGUAGCCAAAUGCGGCCCGGAGUAGGAGAUUCCGAGAAUGAUGCCUCAUGGGAAUGGUUCUUCACUAAAUUGCGAUUAGCAAUUGGGCAUGAGAUACUUGAUUUGGUAUUUGUGUCUGACAGGCAUAAAAGCAUCAGUAAGGCAGUACUGAUGGUUUUCCCUAAUGCACUACACGUACAUUGUAUAUAUCACAUUGGCCAGAACGUUAAAGCUAAAUUCAAGCAUGGAAAUGUGCAUGCUUUGUUCUACAAGGCAGCGAAGGCUUAUCGAGAAUCAGAAUUCCAUGAAUUGUUUAACGAGCUCGAGCAAUAUGAUCUAGCCGUCGGCACCUAUCUAAGAGAGGCCGACUUUAGUCGUUGGGCAUGUGCCUAUUCGGAUGGGAAGCGGUCUGAUAUAAUGACGACAAACAUUGCAGAAUGCCUCAAUGCAGCUUUAGUGGAUGCACGUAAAUUGCCUAUUCAAUGUUUGAUGGAGUAUAUUAGGAAUAUGCUGCAACAAUGA